UCGCUUUGGGCAUUGGUACGCGUUGCACGCGAUCUUCGGAAAACUGCUUGUGAUUUUUAAACGAUAAACGAAACGACUGACACACAUCCAACAACAAUAGAGUAUUAACAAAUUAAAAAAUAGCCACAGAAAAAAGAGAGGAAAAGAAAAAAAUCAAAAGCUAAAAAACGUUGAAUAUUUUUGUAGUGGUACUUUCGGAUUCUGCGCUUGAGUGUUGUGUGAGAUUUUUCUUGAAAUAAGUAGUGUUUGCUAGUGCUUUUAAAUUGGCUAUUUCAUAUUACUACACUAUACGAGUAUAUCGCUUCUAACAACGUUGCCCAGUUCAUCGCGUUUUUUCGUUUGCCUUUUGUAUUUUUUUAACUGAAAUUCGCACGCGUGUCCAAUUAGUCGGAUAACAUAGACUGUGAUCGAUAAAAGACAUAACGUAUCUUCUAACAUUUUCAAUUAAAAGACAAACCGAAUUUUGAGAUUCCUGCGAAUUCAUACUUAUCAAAAUGGUAUCGAAAGGCAGCAAGAAAAAGCAGCAACAAAUUAGUGUCAGCGACAGCAAAAAUGCUGCAAGCACAAGCAGCACCACCUCUAGUUCCUCGAAAACUGUGGUGCAUACCGCUGGCACCGAGGCAGCAUCAACAAGCUCGUCGGCGGUGGGAGUAACUUCGACGUCGUCGCCUACGUGGACGAAAACUUCACAGACACUGCAAAAAUCCGAGUCAGCGGCGAGCAACAAAUCGAUGCUGGCAACCACACACUCCGGCACGCAGUCGCAGUUGCAAUCGACUUUGUUCAAGAGCAGCAGUAGCAGCAGCAGUCACACUGAGUCGAGGUCAGAGCAAAAGCAGCGCCGACAACAAAUUGAACAGCAGCAACAGCAGCAGCAAGAACAGCUGUACGAGAUCGUCAGUGACGUAGGCAGCAUCGGUGGCGGCCAGUCAGCGCCAAUCGCUUCCAUAAUGAGUGACACAUUGAAAUCGACGAAGGCGUCAUCCUCAUCAUCCUCAUUUCAACAGAAAUCAGAAUACUAUGAAGAGAUCUCCAAUGAUUUUUCCAAUGCUAAGAUAAUAUCAUCCAUCGAUCUGCUUGAGAGCGACAAAAAGGAACCAGUUUUUUCGGUGCCGAUCGAUGUCAUUGAGAUAGUUGGCAGCGGCAGCUCCAGCAUUGGCAGCAAUUACAAUAAAGCUUAUUUGUCCUCUUCCCAAUCACAAACCGGUAUCAUGACAAGCACGAGCAGCUCCAAUUUCGCACACAUCGAGUCCGCAAGCAGUAGCAGUAAGGUCAUUGAUGGUGGAAUUACGAUCACCGAUAUGUCCACCGAAAAUUCAAAGUCCAUUUCGUCCACAUCGAAUACAGCAAAAUCGGGCAAAGUCACAUCUACAAAUGUUGAAAUGACAUCAUCGUCAAACAAGUUUUUAACGAAUGAUGUGAACAACAGUAGCACCGAAGUAAACAGCUAUACGUCGUAUUCGACGAUUGAUGGCAAAGCCAUUAAUGGUGCUACAACACCAGUAAUAGCGCCGCUAAUCACAUCGCCUGCAAAAACACAACAAACGUCAACGGCAUUUACUAAAAGUACACAGAGAGCAAUCGAUGACGACAGCCAUUCCAUUACCUCCACCGCACACUCCGAAAUUACAAGUCAAGGUGAUAGUACAUCACUGACUGAAACAGCGAAAAACCUGAAGAGUGACGUAGUUGUAAGUGGUAGUAGUAGGCAAUUGGCCUCCAAUGUAACAAACAAAUCGACGAAAAAGUCCUCUAUAAUAGAGCAAAAUAUCUCUGAACAAACAAUUGAAGAAAGCUCGCUGAAGAAAAGCAAGAGUACGUCAAAGAAGGAGGUGUAUGAUGUGAAAACUAAAAGAUGGACAGAGCUGAAUGAAAAGACCGGCACUGGCGCUACAAACAAAAAGCAGCCAACAAUCGAGCGUUACGUUAGUCGCGAAUCCGACGGCACUUACAAAAUUACGUAUAAGAAAAAAAUAUUCGAUCAGCGUGCGAACAAGUGGAAAAUCGUCGAAGAGAAGACUGUGGACAGUGCUCAUGAUACUCAUUACCCCGAAAUAGUUGAUGAUGUCAUCAAUACGACUACCACAACGUACACAACAAAAGUGUAUGACACUAAGACCGGAGAGUGGAAAAUCGUUGAAGAGAAAUCGUUUGUGGACUCAAAAGCUUUCGUGCCAAAUGACAUUGUUCGUGAAAUUGAAAAAGACAAUACUGAUGUGGCGAACAUAACUACUACCACUGAAGUAACAAAGAUAUUUGAUGCCAGCUUGAACGAUUGGCGAGUCCUAGAUGAGAAAACGCAUACCGAUGUGAUUGAAAGAAUCGUAGAAACGCCCAAAAAGACAAUUUAUAUUGACGAAUUUGUUGAAAUCGAAAAAAAUGUGCAGAUAACAGAAGACAGUGAAAAUAUAACCAAUGAACGUACUAACACAUCAAAACGCAAAGAUAUUACCACAAAUAUAUACGAUGAAGUUGACGACGUUAAGAGAGAAAAGUUGACUACUAGCGACUCAAGAAUCCGUGGAGUCGAUAAAAAAGAAACGUUUGGUUCAAAGCAUACAGAUAUGUGUAUUUGCGAAAUCUGCACUUGCGGUCGCCACCAUUGUGCUUCAAGCGUUAAGAAGACGGAUGCUAUAAUAGAGACUAUAGAUUUGCUGGACGAAUCUCAAACGCGAAUAAGGUCCAACACUUGGUCUAAAAAGGAUCUCGAAGAAUCUCGAUUAAAACUUUUGUACGACAUUGACGAGCAAGUCACUUUAAUAAAACCCGAGGACAAUUUGAAACCUGAGGGAGAAUUUAUAGUUCCCGAAAAAAUUCCAUUCCAACCGGCUGAAAGAACGGAACGCAUAAUUAGAAAAGACAACUUGCGCAGUGAAGGAGAAAUGACAUUUACGGAAAAAGAGGAAUAUCAAUAUGUAAUAAGGCCUCUGCCAGUCAAACCCACUGAUAACCUCAAAUCUGAAGGUGAAUUUUAUAUGCCAGAAAAAACAACGUAUGUUCCAGCAGAAAAACCUACUCAAAUUAAAUAUAAAGACAACCUAAAACCGGAAGGAGAUUUCUACACUCCCGACAAACCAGUCUAUCAAUCAACAGAACGCCCGUUACAAAAGAAACCAGAGGACAAUCUCCGCCCUGAAGGUGAAUUCAUAGUGCCGGAAAAGAUCUCGUAUGCACCAGCGGAACAGACAACACGAGUAAUAAGAAAAGACAAUCUCAAAACAGAAGGAGAAAUGAUAUUUGACGUAAAAGAAGAAUACACAUUUGUGAGUAGGCCGGAACAAAUCAAACCAGAAGACAAUUUGAAACCAGAAGGAGAAUUCUAUAAACCAGAGAAGAUAAAAUUCCAACCAGGAGAGCGUCCCACGCAAGUAAGACAUGCUGACAAUUUGCAACCAGAAGGCGAGUUUUACACUCCAGAAAAACCUGGAUUUAGGCCUGCUGAACGUCCAGUUCAGAAGAAGCCAGAAGAUAAUUUGAGACCAGAAGGCGAGUUCUAUACACCCGAAAAGGCACAGUUUCAACCAGGAGAACGUCCAACACAAGUUAGACCAGGGGACAACCUUCGCCCUGAGGGUGAAUUUUACACUCCCGAAAAACCUGGAUUUAGGCCUGCUGAACGUCCAGUUCAGAAGAAACCAGAAGAUAAUUUGAGACCAGAAGGCGAGUUCUAUACACCAGAAAAGUCAAAGUUCCAACCAGGAGAACGUCCUACACAAGUUAGACCAGAGGACAACCUUAGGCCUGAGGGUGAGUUUUACACUCCUGAAAAACCUGGGUUUAGACCAGCUGAACGUCCAACUCAGAAAAAGCCAGAAGAUAAUUUGAGACCAGAAGGCGAGUUCUAUUCACCAGAGAAACCAAAGUUCCAACCUGGAGAGCGUCCCACACAAGUUAGACAUGCUGACAACUUGCGACCCGAAGGCGAAUUUUACACUCCUGAGAAGCCCGGAUUUAGACCAGCUGAACGUCCAACUCAAAAGAAGCCAGAAGAUAAUUUGAGACCAGAAGGCGAGUUCUAUACACCAGAAAAAUCAAAGUAUCAACCAGGAGAACGUCCUACACAAGUUAGACCAGAGGACAACCUUAGGCCUGAGGGUGAAUUUUACACUCCUGAGAAGCCCGGAUUUAGACCAGCUGAACGUCCAACUCAAAAGAAGCCAGAAGAUAAUUUGAGACCAGAAGGAGAGUUUUAUGCACCAGAAAAAACAAAGUUUCAACCAGGGGAACGUCCCACACAAGUUAGACCAGAGGACAACCUUCGGCCUGAGGGUGAGUUUUACACUCCUGAAAAACAUGGGUUUAGACCCGCUGAACGUCCAACUCAAAAGAAGCCAGAAGACAAUUUGAAACCAGAAGGUGAUUUCUAUUCACCAGAGAAACCAAAGUUCCAACCUGGAGAGCGUCCCACACAAGUACGACAUGCUGAUAAUUUGCGACCCGAAGGCGAAUUUUACACUCCUGAGAAGCCCGGAUUUAGACCAGCUGAACGUCCAACUCAAAAGAAGCCAGAAGAUAAUUUGAGACCAGAAGGAGAGUUUUAUGCACCAGAAAAAACAAAGUUUCAACCAGGAGAACGUCCUACACAAGUUAGACCAGAGGACAACCUUCGGCCUGAGGGUGAAUUUUACACUCCAGAAAAACCUGGAUAUAGGCCAGCAGAACGUCCAACUCAGAAACGGCCAGAGGAUAAUUUGAAACCAGAAGGUGAUUUCUAUUCACCAGAGAAACCAAAGUUCCAACCUGGAGAGCGCCCCACACAAGUACGACAUGCUGAUAAUUUGAAACCCGAAGGCGAAUUUUACACUCCUGAGAAGCCCGGAUUUAGACCAGCUGAACGUCCAACUCAAAAGAAGCCAGAAGAUAAUUUGAGACCAGAAGGAGAGUUUUAUGCACCAGAAAAAACAAAGUUUCAACCAGGGGAACGUCCCACACAAGUUAGACCAGAGGACAACCUUCGGCCUGAGGGUGAGUUUUACACUCCUGAAAAACAUGGGUUUAGACCCGCUGAACGUCCAACUCAAAAGAAGCCAGAAGACAAUUUGAAACCAGAAGGUGAUUUCUAUUCACCAGAGAAACCAAAGUUCCAACCUGGAGAGCGUCCCACACAAGUACGACAUGCUGAUAAUUUGCGACCCGAAGGCGAAUUUUACACUCCUGAGAAGCCCGGAUUUAGACCAGCUGAACGUCCAACUCAAAAGAAGCCAGAAGAUAAUUUGAGACCAGAAGGAGAGUUUUAUGCACCAGAAAAAACAAAGUUUCAACCAGGAGAACGUCCUACACAAGUUAGACCAGAGGACAACCUUCGGCCUGAGGGUGAAUUUUACACUCCAGAAAAACCUGGAUAUAGGCCAGCAGAACGUCCAACUCAGAAACGGCCAGAGGAUAAUUUGAAACCAGAAGGUGAUUUCUAUUCACCAGAGAAACCAAAGUUCCAACCUGGAGAGCGCCCCACACAAGUACGACAUGCUGAUAAUUUGAAACCCGAAGGCGAAUUUUACACUCCUGAGAAGCCCGGAUUUAGACCAGCUGAACGUCCAACUCAAAAGAAACCAGAAGAUAAUUUGAGACCAGAAGGCGAGUUCUAUACACCAGAGAAGACAAAGUUCCAACCAGGAGAACGUCCCACACAAGUUAGACCAGAGGACAACCUUAGGCCUGAGGGUGAAUUUUACACUCCCGAAAAACCUGGAUUUAGACCCGCUGAACGUCCAGUUCAGAAGAAACCGGAAGAUAAUUUGAGACCAGAAGGCGAGUUCUAUACACCAGAGAAGACAAAGUUCCAACCAGGAGAACGUCCCACACAAGUUAGACCAGAGGACAACCUUAGGCCUGAGGGUGAAUUUUACACUCCAGAAAAAACUGGAUUUAGGCCAGCAGAACGUCCAACUCAGAAACGGCCAGAGGAUAAUUUGAAGCCAGAAGGUGAUUUCUAUUCACCAGAGAAACCUAAGUUCCAACCUGGAGAGCGUCCCACUCAAGUACGACAUGCUGAUAAUUUGCGACCCGAAGGCGAAUUUUACACUCCUGAGAAGCCCGGAUUUAGACCAGCUGAACGUCCAACUCAAAAGAAGCCAGAAGAUAAUUUGAGACCAGAAGGAGAGUUUUAUGCACCAGAAAAAACAAAGUUUCAACCAGGAGAACGUCCUACACAAGUUAGACCAGAGGACAACCUUCGGCCUGAGGGUGAAUUUUACACUCCAGAAAAACCUGGAUAUAGGCCAGCAGAACGUCCAACUCAGAAACGGCCAGAGGAUAAUUUGAAACCAGAAGGUGAUUUCUAUUCACCAGAGAAACCAAAGUUCCAACCUGGAGAGCGCCCCACACAAGUACGACAUGCUGAUAAUUUGAAACCCGAAGGCGAAUUUUACACUCCUGAGAAGCCCGGAUUUAGACCAGCUGAACGUCCAACUCAAAAGAAGCCAGAAGAUAAUUUGAGACCAGAAGGCGAGUUCUAUACACCAGAGAAGACAAAGUUCCAACCAGGAGAACGUCCCACACAAGUUAGACCAGAGGACAACCUUAGGCCUGAGGGUGAAUUUUACACUCCCGAAAAACCUGGAUUUAGACCCGCUGAACGUCCAGUUCAGAAGAAACCGGAAGAUAAUUUGAGACCAGAAGGCGAGUUCUAUACACCAGAGAAGACAAAGUUCCAACCAGGAGAACGUCCCACACAAGUUAGACCAGAGGACAACCUUAGGCCUGAGGGUGAAUUUUACACUCCAGAAAAAACUGGAUUUAGGCCAGCAGAACGUCCAACUCAGAAACGGCCAGAGGAUAAUUUGAAGCCAGAAGGUGAUUUCUAUUCACCAGAGAAACCUAAGUUCCAACCUGGAGAGCGUCCCACUCAAGUACGACAUGCUGACAAUUUGCGACCCGAAGGCGAAUUUUACACUCCUGAGAAGCCCGGAUUUAGACCAGCAGAACGUCCAACUCAGAAACGGCCGGAAGAUAAUUUGAAGCCAGAAGGCGAGUUUCUUGUUCCGGAAAAAGAAAUGUAUAAACCUGCUGAAAAAAUUGAACGUGUUAUUAGAAAGGACAAUUUACGCACAGAAGGUGAAAUGACAUUCGAAACAAAAGAAGAAUAUCAGUUUGUUAUUAGGCCCAAUCAAGUGAAACCCACUGAUAAUCUAAAGCCAGAAGGCGAGUUUUAUGCUCCAGAGAAAUCAAUAUAUAAGCCAGCUGAAAAACCUUUACAAAUCAGACACGAAGAUAACUUAAAACCCGAAGGCGAAUUCUAUACUCCACAAAAACCAGGUUUCACACCAGCAGAGCGUCCAAUUCAAAAGCGGCCAGAAGAUAAUUUGCGUCCAGAAGGUGAGUUUUAUGUACCAGACAAGCAGGAAUUUAAGGCUGCUGAAAGACCUACUCAAUUGAAACCUGAAGAUAACUUAAGACCGGAAGGCGAGUUCAUGAUUCCCGAAAAAGAAAUAUAUAAACCCGCCGAAAAAACUGUUCGUGUAGUAAGGAAAGACAACUUGCGCUCAGAAGGGGAAAUUAUUUUUGAAAAGAAAGAAGAAUAUCAAUUUGUAAAUAGACCAGAGCAAGUCAAACCGGUAGAUAAUCUUAGACCGGAAGGAGAAUUCUAUACCCCAGAAAAACCAAAAUACCAACCUGCUGAAAAGCCAGUGCAAAUUCGACAUAAGGAUAAUUUAAAACCGGAGGGUGAAUUCUAUACACCCGAGAAACCUGGUUUUGAACCUGCGGAACGCCCAACUCAGAAAAAACCCCAAGACAAUUUGAGACAGGAGGGAGAGUUUUAUGCUCCUGAUAAACCAGACUACCAGUCCGCUGACCGACCUAUUGCAAAGAAACCUGAGGACAAUUUAAGACCAGAAGGUGAAUUCACUAUUCCGCAGAAAACACCUUACCAACCAGCGGAAAAAGUCGAACGUAUUGUUAGAAAGGAUAACUUGCGCUCAGAAGGUGAGAUGACUUUUGAAACGAAGGAAGAAUAUCAGUUUGUUGUUAGGCCAGAGCAAUUGAAACCCACUGAUAAUCUAAAACCGGAAGGCGAAUUCUACGCUCCGGAAAAAUCGAAGUAUCAGCCAGCCGAAAAGCCAUUGAUUAUUAGACGGGAAGAUAAUUUGAAACCGGACGGGGAGUUUUAUAAACCACAAAAAGUCGAUUUUGUUCCAGCAGAUCGGCCUUCUCCAGUCAAGCAUGAAGACAACCUUAAACCAGAAGGUGAAUUUUAUACACCCGAAAAACCUGGUUACCGGCCGGCGGAGAGGCCAACUCAAAAAAAACCUCUUGAUAAUUUACGACCUGAAGGAGAGUUCACUGUUCCAGAGAAAACCACUUACACUCCAGCUGAAAGAACAGAACGAAUAAUAAGAAAAGAUAACUUGCGAACUGAAGGGGAGAUGAUAUUUGAAGUAAAAGAAGAUUAUCAAUUUGUUAAUAGACCUGAGCAAGUCAAACCUAUUGAUAACCUCAAACCAGAGGGAGAAUUUUACACUCCAGAAAAGCCAAUGUAUCAAGUUUCAGAACGACCUUCUCAAAUUAAACCUGAGGAUAACUUGAGACCCGAAGGUGCGUUUACAGUACCAGAGAAGUUAGUAUACAAACCGGCUGAAAAGGUUGAACGUAUUAUAAGGAAAGACAAUCUCCGCUCAGAAGGUGAAAUGAAUUUUGAAAGAAAAGAAGAAUAUACGUUUGUCAUUAGACCUGAUCAGAUUAAACCCACUGAUAAUCUCAAACCCGAGGGUGAUUUCUAUACUCCCGAAAAACCAAAAUAUCAGGCAGCUGAGACUCCGUUAGUUAUUAGACGCGAAGAUAACUUAAAGCCUGAAGGUGAGUUUUAUAUACCUGAGAAAACAAGUUAUAGGCCCGCAGAGCGUCCAAUACAAAAGAAGCCUGAAGAUAAUCUUCGAACAGAAGGCGAGUUUUAUUCUCCAGAAAAAUCCGAUUACAUACCCGCCGAACGACCUACUCAGAAGAAGCCAAAAGAUAACUUACGUCCUGAGGGCGAGUUUUACACACCUGGAAAGCCUGGUUAUAGGCCAGCAGAAAAAGUCGAACGUAUUAUUAGGAAGGAUAACUUACGCACUGAAGGUGAAAUGACUUUCGAAACAAAAGAAAAAUAUGAAUUUGUUAGCAGGCCAGAGCAAGUGAAGCCUACAGACAAUUUAAAGCCAGAAGGAGAGUUUUAUACCCCAGAAAAACCAAAAUUCCAACCUGGCGAGCGGCCGUCACAAGUGAAACAUGUAGACAAUCUUCGGCCAGAAGGAGAAUUUUACACUCCACAGAAACCUGGGUAUAAACCGGCCGAACGUCCCACACAGAAGCGGCCAGAGGAUAAUUUGAAGCCUGAAGGAGAAUUUUAUUCUCCCGAUAAACCAAAAUUCCAACCAGGAGAGCGUCCAUCACAAGUAAAGCAUGCAGAUAACCUACGGCCUGAGGGAGAAUUUUAUACACCAGAGAAACCUGGGUAUAAACCAGCCGAACGUCCUGUACAGAAGCGUCCGGAGGAUAAUUUGAAGCCCGAAGGAGAAUUUUAUUCUCCCGAUAAACCAAAAUUCCAACCAGGAGAGCGUCCAUCACAAGUAAAGCAUGCAGACAAUCUACGCCCUGAGGGAGAGUUUUAUACACCAGAGAAACCUGGGUAUAAACCAGCCGAACGUCCCGUACAGAAGCGUCCGGAGGAUAAUUUGAAGCCUGAAGGAGAAUUUUAUUCUCCCGAUAAACCAAAAUUCCAACCCGGAGAGCGGCCAUCACAAGUAAAGCAUGCAGAUAACCUGCGGCCUGAGGGAGAAUUUUAUACACCAGAGAAACCUGGGUAUAAACCAGCCGAACGUCCUGUACAGAAGCGUCCGGAGGAUAAUUUGAAGCCCGAAGGAGAAUUUUAUUCUCCCGAUAAACCAAAAUUCCAACCAGGAGAGCGUCCAUCACAAGUAAAGCAUGCAGACAAUCUACGCCCUGAGGGAGAGUUUUAUACACCAGAGAAACCUGGGUAUAAACCAGCCGAACGUCCCGUACAGAAGCGUCCGGAGGAUAAUUUGAAGCCUGAAGGAGAAUUUUAUUCUCCUGAUAAACCAAAAUUCCAACCCGGAGAGCGUCCAUCACAAGUAAAGCAUGCAGACAAUCUACGCCCUGAGGGAGAGUUUUAUACACCAGAGAAGCCUGGGUAUAAACCAGCGGAACGUCCUGUACAGAAGCGUCCGGAAGAUAAUUUGAAGCCCGAAGGAGAAUUUUAUUCUCCCGAUAAACCAAAAUUCCAACCCGGAGAGCGGCCAUCACAAGUAAAACAUGCAGAUAACCUACGGCCUGAAGGAGAGUUUUAUACACCAGAGAAACCAGGGUAUAAACCAGCCGAACGUCCUGUACAGAAGCGUCCGGAGGAUAAUUUGAAGCCCGAAGGAGAAUUUUAUUCUCCCGAUAAACCAAAAUUCCAACCCGGAGAGCGUCCAUCACAAGUAAAGCAUGCAGACAAUCUACGCCCUGAGGGAGAGUUUUAUACACCAGAGAAGCCUGGGUAUAAACCAGCCGAACGUCCCGUACAGAAGCGUCCGGAGGAUAAUUUGAAGCCUGAAGGAGAAUUUUAUUCUCCCGAUAAACCAAAAUUCAGACACGGUGAGCGACCGUCACAAGUAAAGCAUGCAGAUAAUCUACGGCCUGAGGGAGAAUUUUAUAAGCCAGAGAAACCUGGGUAUAAACCCGCCGAACGUCCUGUUCCGAAAAAACCACAAGAUAAUCUCAAAUCAGAGGGAAACAUUUAUGUACCAGAAAAAAUUGCGUUUAGACCUGCUGAAAAAAGUGAGCGAAUUAUUAGAAAGGACAACCUUCGUACGGAAGGAGAAAUUAUAUUUACCGAGAAAACGGAAUAUGAGUUUGUUAAAAAGCCGGAUCAAAUAAAACCUACAGAUAACCUAAGACCUGAAGGCGAAUUUUAUAAAGUGGAGAAGCCUUCAUACAAGUCUGGUGAACGACCUGUAGUGAAAAAACCCAAAGACAAUUUAAAAGUGGAGGGUGAAUUUACCGUACCCGAGAAAACAUCAUUCAAGCCCGCCGAGAAAACAAAACGCAUUGUCCGAAAAGAUAAUUUACACAUGGAAGGAGAAAUGACGUUUGCAGAGAAAAAUCAGUAUCAGUAUGUAAAUAGGCCCGAAAAGGUUGUACCCUCUGAUAAUUUAAGAACGGAGGGUGAAUUUUACACUCCUGAUAAACCCGGAUUUAAACCGGCUGAAAAAGUGAGACGAGUCAUUCACAAAGAUAAUUUAAGAAUGGAGGGGGAGAUGACCUUUACAGAGACGGAAAAGCACGUGGGUGUUAAGAGACCAGACAAAAUUGUGCCACGUAAUAACCUUAAACCUGAAGGCACUUUCUACAGUAAGGAAAAACAGCAAUAUCAGCCGGCUGAGCGUCCAAAACAAGUAAAACCGGAAGAUAAUCUUAGGCCAGAAGGACACAUGUAUAUUUCAUCUACAGAUAGAACCGAUUCUAAACUUUUGAAAACUGCUACUGAAAAGGUGGUUGUAAAACGUCCAGUAGACAAUCUCAAACUAGAGGGCACUCUUCAGGUUUCCAGAAGAGAUGACUACAAUGAAAAGCAAAGUUCAAGAUUAGACAGCACUAAAGUAGUACAAAAGGCUGUCCGAUCGAAGUAUUCUCAUAACAAAUCAUCUAUAACUCUUGGAGAGGAUAACGCCAUUUUGAAAACGACUAAUCAAAUGAACUUUGUUUCUGGCAAACAAGCAAUUCCUGCCGCAAAUGUAAGUUCGGAUAAACCCGUUGACGGUUUAGUAGUAGUAUCGACGAAAAAGGUAACUACAGUAAUAGGUGGUCGGGUUAAGAAAGAACCAGAAACAGAAUAUGUUAAACGACAAGAGAGAGUGAAUGUCAUAGAGAAUGUUGCAAAGACCAACAAUGUUAAGAACAUUGUAAACGUUGAAAAUAAACACGACGAGGCAAUUUCUAUGACCGAAAAUCGUAUUAGAAAGGAAAAUAAAAUGAUUGAUACCCGCAUGAACGCUUCGUCGCAUGAGUCCUCCUCGGCACAAUUCAAAACUAGUAAAAUUGGCAACACUUCUGAAAGAGUAUUAUCCAGUACAACAAUGGGAGAAGUCACCGGUCAAACACACUCCACCCAAUGCAAGUUUGGAGAAAUGCAGAGCGCAUCAGCAAAGCUAAACGCUGCUGGAUCGGCUAAAUUUAUGUCAGAUCAAACACAUACCACUCAACAAAAGUCCACAGCCGUUGAAAGCUGCUCGUCAAAAACGAAAUCUAGUUCUUCAGCUGCUACAGUAUCCAAACAUUUUCAUCAUCGAAGAAGCGACUUCACUGCCGAUACGAACGUUACGAACUCAGUAUUUCAUCGAAAAUCUAUUUCUAACGAUUCCAAUCAGAUAGGUAGUCUUACAUCGAAUGGUAAAAUUCAUCGCAAGAGUAUUUUAAACUUGCACGAGGAGCCAUCGAGUUCGGUUUUCCCUAGUGAACGUCAAAGCUACAGCAGUAUACAUAGACAAAGUAGAGAACAACAAGAUAAUAAUAACUCAUUUUUGGUGAGUGAACGUCGCCACUUUAACACGCUUAGUCAAUCGCAAAGUAGGGAUCAGACUUCGAAGUCCUGCAAUGUUCAUAAAACAUCGUCUUCCAGUGGUAUAGAAUUUCCAUCAUACAGUAAACAUUCCGAACGAACUGUAUCCCGUAGAAAUGUCAACCAAUCAUCAAUUUCUCUUGGUAUAGAUGGAGCUUCGUCUACAACCCUAUACCGUAGUGAAUACAAAACGGUUCCAUCCACAACUUGUGCUAUACACAAAAUCAAAGAAGGUGCAUUCCAACACACUAGAAACACGAACGAACAUAAAUUUUUUAAAACUGUUAAGAAUUAAUUCCCCAACUAACCCACAUACAAUUUUUUUUUAUUAAUCUUUUCUCUCUAAUAUUAUAUAUUAUUACAUGUAAACAUUAAGCAUGCAGAAUUGCCACAUACAAGUAUACAUAUGUAUGUAUUUAAAAAUAAAUUCUACAACUAUACUACAUAUAUAAAAAAUAA